GAGAAAACACAUGAGAUCAUAUAGAUUUGAGAGCUCAUAUCCCUUCUUUUAAAUGACCACAGAACUUUGCAGAGUUGAUAGCAAAAGAAAAGCUAGAUAGCACCACCAGAUAGAGAGAAUUGGAGAAUGGUCUUAUCUAGAGAGCAAAAGAAAGCAGCACUGCAUGAGAAGCUACAACUUCUUCGUUCUAUCACUAACUCUCAUGCUCUAAACAAAACCUCGAUCAUUGUCGAUGCAUCAAAGUAUAUUGAAAAGCUAAAGCAAAAAGUUGAAAGGCUGAAUCAAGAAAUAGCCGAUGAUGAAGCAUCAAAUGUUCAUAAUCCCUUGCCCAUGGUUUCAGUAGAAACCCUAGAAAGAGGAUUUCUUAUAAAUGUUUUUUCAUCAAAAUGCUGCCAAGGUCUACUUGUUUCAAUUCUGGAGGCCUUUGAAGAGAUGAGACUUACUGUGCUUGAAGCUAGGGUUUCUUGUUCAGACACUUUUCGAUUUCAAGCAGUUGGAGGAGAAAAUGAAGACCAAGGUGAGACUAUUAAUGCACAAGCUGUGGAACUUGCGGUGGGGCAAGCAAUAAAGAACUGGAGCGAAAGUGCUGCAGAUGAUCAAGACUAAAUCAGUAUUAUCUUACGUCUUUCAUUUUUUGUCCUUGUUUCCUUCAAUAUUUUUUUGCUAACCAUGGCAAUUUGUUGAGUAAGGAAUGUAAGGAAUCAAGCUUCGUAUAAGAAAGCUUCCAAAUCUUCUACUUCAGCAACUUUUGAUGAAAUACCUGCUGUCACUAAAAGAGAAACAAAAAGAACAGGCGUUUAGACUCCUUUUGGUCGAGGCAAACAAACUGAAUCCAAGAUCAAUAUGGGGACUAGAUUCAGAGUUCUCUUGAAUUAUUUGGUGAAAA